UUUCCCCAAGCCCGGUUCUUCCAGGCUUCAGAGUAGCGCUGCUCCAGAUAAAAGGAAGUCUCAGCACAGAAUCUUCAAACCUUUUCCGAGGCCACUAAGGGUCCCUGCCGCCGCCGGAGAGAAAGCACCUGGAGCGGGGCGGGGCGCACGGGCGCAUACCUGCGGAGGGGGCGGGGCCCCAACAAUUGCCCCGGGGCUGGGGGAGGGGAGCUACUCACUCCCCGCCCCCGGGCGGUGACUCAUCACCGAGCACCGGCGGCCGGAGGUGAGUCGACCCGGGAGGUGAGAGGCGGGGCCGCCAGGUCCGGUAGAUCUGCACUUCUCCCCGCCGCGCGCACUGAGCACAGGUCCUUCGGCGAGCAAGCACCUUCCGCGCGGUCCGAGGAUCCCUUCGUCGUGGUCCUCCCGACGCGGACCCGCGCGCCCCAGGCUUCUCGCCGCCGGGCCGGCUUCUCGUGCUUCGCUCCCGGCGCACGCCCUCCCGCGAGUCCCCGGCGCGCGGACAGCAUGGCGCCACCGCAGGUCCUUGCGUUCGGGCUCCUGCUCGCGGCGGCGACGGCGACUUUGGCCGCGGCUGAGGAAGAAUGUCACUGCGAAAACUACAAGCUGGCCAUCAACUGCGUUAUGAAUAGCAACGGUCAAUGCCAGUGUACUUCAGUUGGUUCACAAAAUACCGUCAUUUGCUCAAAGUUGGCUUCUAAAUGUUUGGUAAUGAAGGCGGAAAUUACUAACUCAAAACUUGGGAGAAGAGCAAAACCUGAAGGGGCCCUCCAGAACAAUGAUGGGCUUUAUGACCCCGACUGUGACGAGAGCGGGCUCUUUAAGGCCAAGCAGUGCAACGGCACCUCCACGUGCUGGUGUGUGAACACUGCUGGGGUCAGAAGAACAGACAAGGACACUGAAAUAACCUGCUCCGAGCGAGUGAGAACCUUCUGGAUCAUCAUUGAACUAAAACACAAAGCAAGAGAAAAACCUUACGAUGUUCAAAGUUUGCGGGAUGCACUUCAGGAGGCAAUCACAACGCGUUAUCACCUGGAUGGAAAAUUUAUCACAAAUGUUGUGUAUGAGAAUAAUGUUAUUACUAUUGAUCUGGUUCAAAAUUCUUCUCAAAAAACUCAGAAUGAUGUGGACAUAGCUGAUGUGGCUUACUAUUUUGAAAAAGAUGUUAAAGGUGAAUCCUUGUUUCAUCCUUCUAAGAAAAUGGACCUGAGAGUAAAUGGGGAACAACUGGAUCUGGAUCCUGGUCAAACUUUAAUUUAUUAUGUUGAUGAAAAAGCACCUGAAUUCUCAAUGCAGGGUCUAAAAGCUGGUGUUAUUGCUGUUAUUGUGGUUGUAGUGAUAGCAAUUGUUGCUGGAAUUGUUGUGCUGGUUGUUUCCAGAAAGAAGAGAAUGGCAAAGUAUCAGAAGGCUGAGAUAAAGGAGAUGGGUGAGAUGAAUAGAGAACUCAAUGCAUAACUACUGUAAUUUGAAGAUUAUUGAAGAAGGGAAAUAGCAAAUGGACUCAGAUUUCAAAUAUAUACACAUGGGACGAAGACAUCUUCGAAGGUCACAGAUUUGUUAGUUAAACAUCAUAUAUUUGUAAUAGUGAAACCUGUACUCAAAAUAUAAGUAGCUUGAAAUUGGCUUUACCAGUCUUGAAAUUUGACCACAAGUAUCUUAUAUAUGCAAAUCUAAUGUAAAAUCCACAACUUGGACUCCAUAGUUAAAAUUAUUUAUGCAUAGCAUUCAAAUGUGUGCAUUAAAUAUGCUUCCACAGUAGAGUUUGAAAGACUACUAUCUGAUUUAUGAUUGAAAGCUGCCUAUCUAUAGAGUCUUGUACAUACAAACUUUUUUAUGAGCUAUGAAAUAAAACAUUUUAAACUGAAUAA